AUGGACGAGAAGAAGGACAUUGUCUCGGUCGAGCACCUUGAGGCGCCUGAACUGCGCGAUGCCGAGCACGCAUCCAGCAAGCCAAAGUACAAGGCAAACACGCAGCUCGACGAUGCCGCCCGCCUCCUUGAGGAAGCGGGAGGACACAUCGAGUACUCGAUGGCCGAGAUGAAGAAGGUGCUGCGCCGCAUCGACUUUUACGUGUGCUUUCCCAUGUGCAUCACCUAUUGGAUCCAGCAGAUGGACAAGUCGUCCGUGUCCUACGCGGCCGUGUUCGACCUCCAGAAGCACACCAACCUCCACGGCACGCAGUACUCGUGGCUCUCGUCGGUCGUGUAUUGCGCGCAGCUCGUGUGCCAGCCGAUCUCGGCGUACGCGCUGAUCGUGUUCCCAGUCAAGUACUGGGUCAUGUUCAACAUGACAAUGUGGUCGAUCUGCACAAUCUGCACGACAGCGUGUAAGAGCUUUGUUCCGCUCCUCAUCUGCCGCAUGUUGCUUGGCGCGUUCGAGGCAACCAUCAUGCCAUCGUUCAUCCUCAUCACGCAGAUGUGGUGGCUGCGUCGCGAACAAUCCUACCGCACCAUCGCAUACCAGAUUGCCAACAGCUGUGCUGCCAUCUUUGGCCCUCUGAUGAGCUACGGUAUCGGGCGCGCGACUGAGCGCUCGAGCACCAUCCUCGAGUAUCAGGCCAUCUUUUUGUUCAUCGGUGCGGUCUCGCUCGCCUUUGUGCCAAUUGUGUGGUGGCUCCUCCCCAACUCUCCAACCACUGCUCGUUUCCUGGAGCGUAACGGCGGACGCGACCGCCUGAUUGCCAUCCACCGUCUCAAGGAGAACAACACCGGCACCAAGACAUCCAAGUUCAAGUGGGCGCAGGUGUGGGAGACGUACCGCGACCCCAAGACGUACAUGUGGGCGGCCAUGUGGUUCUGCGCCGCAUGCCCGUCUGGUGGUAUUGGUGCUUUCGGCGGCCUCAUCACCAAGGGCUUCGGCUUCUCGACCCUCAACACCAUCCUCAUGCAGAUCCCUACUGGGUGCAUCGGUAUUGUUGGCCUUCUCACUUCGAUUUACAUCACAAACCGCAUCAAGAUGCGCUGGCCCGUCCUCGCCGUCGUGACCAUCUUCCCGAUCGCUGGCGGCGUCGCCCUUACCCAAGUACCGCGCUCCAAGCCUGGUGGCCUCAUGGCCGCGUACUACGUCGCCUACGUUUUUGCGGUCAUCCAGCCACUCCUCGUGUCGUGGUGCAACCUCAACGCAUCUGGCACCACCAAGCGUGUCGUGACCACUGCCACCAUGUUUGGCGCCCUCACCAUUGGCAACAUUGUCGGCCCGCAGGUCUACUUUGCCAGGGAGGCGCCGUCCUACCUCACGGGCCUUUACGUUGACAUUGCGUGCUGGUGCAUCCUCCUCAUCCUUAUUGUCACCAUGGGCUUCUACCUCAAGUACCUCAACCGCAAGCAGGAGGCGCGGCGCGUCGCCCUGGGUUUCCCAGCUGGUCUCAAGGACAUGUCAAUCAUGAGCCACAAGGAAGCCGAGGAGUACAAGCAAGAGCUCAAUGCCAAGCUCCGCGCCGCCGGGAUGGACCCCGACGCGUUCAACGAAAACGCGUUCGAGGACCUCACGGACUUUGAGAACCCUCACUUCAUGUCCCUCAACGUUGUCCGCCCUAAGAUCGGUAUAAUUUAUUACAGCAUGUAUGGCCAUACCGGGGCUCUUGCUGAGGCCGCUAUUCGCGGCGCUGAGGCUGCGGGAGCCGAGGUUCGGCCCUACAACUUCCAGGAGACGCUCCCCGCCGACCUGGUCAAGAAGAUUGGCGGCGGUUCCUCGCUCGAGCCCAAGCACCCCAUCAUCACUCCCGAGGCCCUUGUCGAGCUGGACGGUUUCAUCAUUGGUGCUCCUACUCGUUUCGGCCGUAUGCCGGCGCAAGUGAACGCGUUCCUCGACUCGACUGGCGCGCAGUACGCGCAAGGCUCACUGAUCGGCAAGUUUGCCGGCACGUUUACGUCGUCCAACACCCAGCACGGGGGACAGGAGACGACGCACCUCAACAUCUUACCGUACUUUGUGCACCAGGGUAUCAUCUACGUGCCUAACGGAUACCAGUUCAAGGCUACUGGCGACACGGCAACCGUCCAUGGCUCGAGCCCGUAUGGCGCGUCGACUGUGGCUGGCGGGGACGGGAGCUUCAAGCCGUCCGCAUUGGAACUCGAGGCCGCAGAGGGACAGGGCAAGUACUUUGCCAAUGUGGUUGGGGCUUACCUCACCGGAAAGGCUGCUAUUGGCAAGUAG